GGAGGGAACUCCUCCGCCUCUCCCACCCCCGUAUUUCUUCUUUUCACUAUAAAGAGCCCGCCCCGGAUCACAGGACUCCACAGUCCUUACUCGUCGCCUGAACAGUCAACAGCCUCACUAUGAAGACUCUACUGGUGCUCGCCGCCCACCUCGCCCUCGUACUGAGUCAGUCGUGCCCUUUGGGAGGCGCGCGGUACCUCCCUGAUAGGGAUCAGUGCGACAAGUACUAUGAAUGCAUAAAUGGUGUGAAAUAUGAACGGCUGUGCCCGGAUGGUCUCCUUUUCCACGACAAGAUCACUGACGGCCGCUACCCCUGUCUCUAUCCCAACGAGGUGGACUGCGGCUCCAGGACCCGCAGACAGCCACCGCAGCCAACAGAGAACUGCCCUCAUCAGUGGGGCUACUUUGGCUCUGGGGACAGAGCACAGUGCGGCUUCUUCUUUAACUGCGUCAACGGCGUCGCCUACCGACAGGACUGUCCCCCAGGCCUCGCCUUCUCGUCCGUCACCUACCGCUGCGAGUGGCCCGAUGAAUCUCCCGACUGUGACGCUGUUGCUUUCCUGGGCUUCUCAUGCCCCGCUACGCCGGGGGUGAGUGGUUACACACAACACAAGUCACACAGGGACUGCCGCGAGUACUUCGUCUGUGAUAACGGAAAUCCUAGAGCACACUACUGCGAACUGGGUCUCGUGUAUAACGAAGCGACCCAACAAUGCGCGGACCCCAGCUUAGUACAGGGAUGCCAAGACUACUACUCGUCCUAAGACCUUGCGCUGUACCGGAAGUAGCUGAAGAGGGCAUACAACGCCGCCUAGAGGAAACAGAUACUCGUAGAGCUCAACGCCCUGAGGAAAUAGCUGACGGAGCGAAAAAGCCAACCACAGAACUAAAUCUGUAGUAGUAGAGAGCAACACACACAGCAAUACAUAGCAACACACACACACACACACACACACACACACACACACACACACACACACACACACACACACACACGGUUGGUUAAAGAAACAUUACCUCCACGAUGUGUCACUUUACUUCUAUUGAAGGUCUUCCAAAACAACUGACUCCGCAACAUCCAAGCUACUAAUACUGUUGUGUCAUGAUCAACGCUCUUGAGUUCCAUCCCAGACAUUACGAACAAAUAGGUCUUCAAACCCUUGCCUCUGUUAUCUCUCCUGGAGGUGAACCUUUCCUAUACAACUCUGCUUAGCUGAUGUUUAGCUUAGGUUAUGGUGACUAUUGGAAGCUGGUUGGCGAGUCUAAAGGGCCUGUUCCUAAAUAUACAGAGCAAACUAAGGGUCUUUAUCAUCUAUAUACCAGCACGCUUUUCAUGUGCCUUUACUGUCAACCAUUAAGCCUUUAAGCUUUCAUAUAUAUACCUAUAUAAUAUAUAUAUAUAUAUAUAUAUAUAUAUAUAUAUAUAUAUAUAUAUAUAUAUAUAUAUAUAUAUAUAUAUAUAUAUAUAUAUAUAUAUAUAUAUAUAUACACACACACACAAAUCAGUUCAUCAGUGACGCAGGUUCAGAAGAGUAUCGAAAAAAAAUUUACUAGUGCAAUGAAUGUUUCACUUAACUUUACCAUCACAUAAGGCUGAGCAGUAGUAUAAGGAUGAACGUGUUAUUGAACAUAGGAUUAUUUGAUAUAAAAAUCAUGUUUGUCAACAGCUAUCUACAAAGUCUAUCAGAGGAAUCAUCUCUUAAUCCAUGACGAAAUUUUAAUGAACUGAAAUGGUCGCUUAUUCCUUCUGACGAUUUUAAGUACUUAAGUAUCCAUGACGUCAUUCUGUUAUGUAUUUUUGCAUUUGUAACAAUAAAUAUCAAGUACACGUUAUUGUGUCAUAUGUGUUUCUUGCUCAUCACUACACACGAGUAAUUUACUUGUCAUAAGAAUCACGUGCGGGACUCGCACUCGCUAGCUACAUCCUAGAGGAGACACCUUAGUGCUCACAGUCCAGUGAGUAUGGCUGCGACCAUUUUCACGCCACACUCUAGGAUCGUCUAGAUCAGGGGUUCUUAACCGGGGGUAUCCAUACCCCUUGGGGGUAUGGGAACCAAAGGCCGGGGAUCUGGGACUCGAUUUCUGGGUACUGGUAGUUUCCCCCUCUGCCAGUGAGAUGCGCGCGCUACCCUACAUGACGGCGGUUGACUCUUUCCAGUGUUUUAAAUUUGGCCGUUGUCAUCAGUUGUCAGUUGAGCUGUUGGCGUCGUGGAGAGAAGAGUAUUUUUUCCGUCCAUCUCUUAUUCACAUUUUCGUGUGAGUGUAUCUAUAUUUCUGUUAUACAUUGUGUGUGUGUGUGUGUGUGUGCGUGUGUUUGCUACACUAUAUUGCUAACGGGAGUUAGCAAUAUAGUGGCAAUGGUUAUGUUUUUAUGUAGUCGAGGGACUAAAAACUUGCACAUUUAUGUUGUUCUUUUUUUUUAUAAUUAAACGGAACUAUAACUUUAUUAAUUUUGCUUUCAGUAAAAAAAUAAUAAAAUUA